UAUCAUCUCAUAUCCAACACGCGCUUGUGGAAUAAUUGUUAAUUAUACUGAACACUUUCCACAGGCAGACAGUAAAGACAAUGUAAAAUAAUAUCCUGUGUGAAUUAAAUUUCUGUAGACCUUUAUUCUCAAGUAUUAAUAAUAAUAAUAAUAACUUUAUUAAUCUCCUCAAAAAGGCUCUUUAGCUUAAUUUAAAACAUAGAAUAUCUAAAACUUAGAUUUCCAAAAAUACUCCUAAAAUUGCUGUUUUAUUUUACUUUAAAUACAUCCAAAUUCUUCUGGGAGACUAUUCCACAGCUUUUGGCCUCUGAGAGUAAAUGCAUGCUGACCUGCAGCCAAUCUACAGAGUGGUAUAUGUAGGCAUUCCUUAUUCCUAGUGUUGCAGUUGUGCACUUCCGAUCUGGUUUUAAACUUCUGACAAAGAUAUGGAGGUGCAAAUUCAUUUCAGCAUCUAGAUACCAUGGUAGCAGGCACUGUAACUGCUUGGCAAUACAUCAUAUGUGGAGUCCCCAGAACCAGAGGGUUUGUCUUCUCCGCAUUAAUGAGACUUUUCUUGCAACACCAUGCAGCUAUGUUCCAAAGAUCCUCUAUCAGCUGAUCUGGGACUAAGGUGGCAUCACGUACAGGAAAUAAGAGGAGACAUGUUCUCAUGGAUUCUGCGACCCCAUUGAAACCUCUUGACAAUGAAAGAUCUAACUAUGUUAGGCUGUGUCGCCUUUUCGUUGAGGUUGGAAAAUGUGUGCAAACGGAUCUCUUUGACAGGAUGUGUCCACCAAUGAAACUUCAGACAAUUCUGAAUGAUACCACAAAUUCUAAACAACUACGAAUCCUGCUAAAGAAUAAUGUCUUGAGUAUGAGCCAGUGGCGAAACCUGUACCCUGUAGUCAAAUCGUCAGUUACUUCAAGAGACUUUGACCCUUCUCUACAGCUACUUUUGCUGAGGACUUUCUGUGGACUGAAAUUCUCUGCCAGUGGCCAAGACAAUCUUCUUCCAGGCACAGUUACUUCUUCAGAAGCUGGAAUUGCCUGUAUCAAAAACCUUGGAGACAAAGUCUACUGCCAUUCGAAUAGUGGUUCAGUUGAUGAUAAAACUUUUAGUACUUAUUGGAAUGAAAUUGAAUACACCUUUCUGCAGUUUGGAGGGGCCAGGUAUUCGGGCGUUAUUACUGCUCUUAAAUUUGAUGAUAUGGAUGAUGAGGAUCCUGUGUCCUAUGGAGAGCUUCUUAGAGAGUGGAUGAGGAAUGAUGACUGUAACAAUGUAAAAGGGCAAGAGAAUGAAAGGGGGAAGAAGGCUAGGAAGGAAGAGGAAAUGGAGGGUCCCACUGACAUUUCUGAACAAAAUUCAGGAAAGGAAGAAGAUGAAUCAGCAGGGAAUGCCAAAGUCAACCCACCAAAGGUUAAAGGGAUUAAAAUUCCAAAAAUUAGUGAGCUUCCUGAAACCUCUCUUCCUUGGAAAAAUGUUGAACUCCCAGUUGAUUUCCUGUUAUUCACCGUGCAAGACUGUGAGUUGGUUUCUUGCCUUGCCUUCCUGAAAGAACCCACUAGGUAUUACCACAUCACCAUUGGCCACGUAUACAUUGGCUGCCUGGCUAAUAAACCGGGACACAGAAUUCGAAUUGCGUUAAAGAAAUGCUCCAAAGGUUCUGUUUAUCCUGGGGGUUCUUUGUCUACUUCACAAAAAGCCAUCUCGCUUUUGAGUCCCAAGGCCAUAUUUUCUGUGGGUGCAUGCAGUGGUUUAAGAAGCAAGAAAGAGAGAGGAAAGGUCAAGCAGGGAGAUAUAGUUGUCUCAUCAAAGCUGAUAAGAGGUGCAUUCAAAACUCCACUCAGCAGAGAUAUGAGCAACAUUAUCGGACAUAUAGCUCAUGGAUGGAAAGCGCCUUUGCAAAAUGCGGAUGUAGAUAGUCCCAAGGUACACUGUGGAGCACUUCUGAGUUUCUCGGAGGAAAAUAAGGACAUAAUUGGCCAUGAUCAAGAAGCAAUUGCAGUCGAAAUGGAAGGCGCAGAUGUUUUCGCUGCAGCCUAUAAUUUAAAGACCGAAUGGCUGAUAGUGAAAGGUAUUAAAGACUUUGUAAAUGAUAGAUCUUCCAAUAAGCAGUGGGAAGAAUUUGCCUGUGUGAUGGCAGCAUCUCUUGUGGCCAACUUAUUGGGUGAUACAGAGGUGUUCAAAGAUUGGCCUCACUUUAAUGCAGCCCCAAGUUCCUCAUCUGCAGCCUUAACAUCAUCUGACCGUGAAUACAGUUGCACAAUUUUAUAAUUCCUUUAUUCAUUCCUGAAGGGCACUUAUGAUCGCGCGUUUCUUCCUCAGAAAAAUCUAAAAGUUCUUUAAACUCUCUAUUCACCCUCAGAGAGUUAUAUGUAUUUCGAUUCUUUGCGUUAUCAGGAUUAAUCUCUAAAAAAAUUUUUUUUGAUUGA